AGUUCUACAUCCCUUAUAGGACCUUCGGCAAUCCAUUCAAGCCAGCAAGUUUGGAGAGCGUGUUGAGUUUAAUCAAUUCAUAACGUCGAGAUGGAGCCGAACUCACUGAAGUGGGUGGGCUCGUCUUGCGGUUUACAUGGACCAUAUAUAUUCUAUAAAGCCUUUAAAUUUCACCGGGACGGCAAAGCGAGGAUUCUGUCUCUCGGAGACUUUUUCUUCGUCAGAUGUAAACCGGAGGAUCCUAUUUGCAUAGCGGAGCUUCAGCUGCUCUGGGAAGAAAGAACAAGCAAGCAACUUUUAUCAAGCUCCAAACUUUAUUUUUUACCCGAGGAUACUCCCCAGGGACGGACGAUCAGCCAUGGAGAGCACGAGGUAAUUGCUGUGUCUGAGAAGGUGAUUGUGCGCCUGGAGGACUUGGUGAAGUGGACUGUACCAGACUUCUCAGGAUGGGCCCACUGUCUGAAGGCCGAGCCUCUCAAACCCUCUGUGCUCCGGGAGCUGGGCACCAAUGGGAGGCGGGAGGCUCUCCACCGCUAUCGAGAGAGCACCCUGACCAGCGGACUCAACUUCAAGGAUGUCCAGAGGGAGAGGGCGCUGCUAGGUCAGGAGGAGGACGGACGGAAGGUUUUGGUCCUCAGUUACCCCCAGUAUUGUCGCUACCGCUCAGUGUUGGCGCGGCUCAGAGAGCAGCCAUCCUCCCUGCUCAUAGACCACACAGUGCUGGCACUGGGCGGCAUUGCAGCGUUGGGAGGAAGCACAAGGAUCCUGUACUGUCGGGACACCUUUGAAAAUCCCGCCCUGCUGCAGAAUGACAGCAUCUGUGAUGAAUUUGCUCCCAACCUGAAGGGGCGACCCCGGAAAAAGAAGCUGUCCAUCUCUCAAAGGAGGGACUCCCAGGGUCAGACUCAGGGUCAGGGGUCAGUAGGGUCCACACAGGGGUCAGCAGCAGUGGUAGCACUGGACCCCAGCAGCCCCGAGAGUAAAAAUACUACCAAGGUCAAACCCAGCUGUAAAACGGUACCCAACGGAAAAAUAACCCCCUCGGCCAGACACAAGGCCAACGUACUGAAGAGAACCUCAGUUGAGGAGAAGGAGCGAGGGAAAGAGAGGGAAAGGGAAAGGGAAAAGGAGGAGAGGAAUGAGGAGGAGAAGAAAGAGGAUGAAACAUCAGAGGAGAGUCGAGCGGAGGAGCAGGCUUUCUUGGUAGCGCUCUACAAAUACAUGAAAGAAAGAGACACGCCCAUAGAGAGGAUCCCCUUCCUUGGCUUCAAACAGAUCAACCUUUGGACCAUGUUUCAAGCUGCUCAGAAACUCGGAGGAUAUGAGCUGAUCACAGUCCGCAGACAGUGGAAGCAUGUGUAUGAUGAAUUGGGCGGGAACCCCAGCAGCACAAGCGCGGCCACGUGUACACGCAGACACUACGAGAGGCUCCUCCUCCCGUACGAGAGGCACAUUAAAGGCGAAACAGACAAGCCCCUCCCCUUUCCCAAACCCAAGAAGCAGGAGGGCGGCCAGGAGAAAGCAUCAGGAGCCAAAGUCAAAGCAGUGGGGGCUAAGAAAUUGAAAGGGGCUGGCAAUCCCAAGCUGGAGUGUAAAACGGACGAAGAGGAGACAGAGAUAGGCCAAGAACAAUCACAGGACUCCAAGGGGAAAGCAGAGAAUCAUGAGCUGUCCUCAGCCAUAAAACAGGAAGUAUCUCUUAGAGACGAACCAAUCAUAAUAGAGGAGGAAGAGCUACAUGUCACCCUAAAGAAAGAGGAGUCCUUAGCAGUGGAGCAACCUUCUUCACGCCGCCCUAAAGAGCCUGACCCAAAGAGGGGCCCACAUGCUAGUCUACCCCUCCUACAUGUGGGGGCCGGUCCCCAGCCUGAAUGGAUGCAUGUAAGCGAGGCCCUUCAAGCGAAACUCUCCUGUGAACAGCAAACUGAAGGGCCUUUCAUUCCUAAACACCCCUACCUGCCUCACCGCUGGGAUCAGAGCAAACCUCCCGGACUAGUAGCUCUGCCUGAGCCCUCCUCUAGGGUCAAAGACUCUGAAAGCCACGGUGGAAGAGUGGGGAAGGUGUUACCCAUGUGUAAGCAGGAGAUACAGUGUAUAGACUUAAGCAUUGAUACCUUCCCAGAGAAAGAAGACUAUGGGGUGAUUAAGAAGGAAUCGACGCAGACGGCAGCCUACUGCAAAGCCAGCCAGGGCGUCAUGUCUCCUUUAGCCAAAAAGAAGCUCCUCUCCCAAGUUUGUGAGUCCAACCCUUACUCCUUUACGUCUUCUCUACAGCCUCCACCUUCCACAGCCACCUCCUUGCUCUCUGAUGUAUCUGAAAGGGAGAAGGACAAGAGGAAGGGUGAGGAUGAGGUGGGAGGCAACAUCCCAGAAGUAGCACCCAUUUUCAGGCCGUCAGUCAUUCAGCACGCCCAGAGCAGCAAGUCCCACCAACAAGCCAGCAGCGGCCUAUCAGAAAGGAGCACUAGCGGGGAGCAUUUAGACACUUACCAUACUAGCCACCACCUCCAGCCGCAUGUCAGUCUCCCAUGGCAGCCAUUUCUGCCCCGCAACCACGCCGUGGAUGGUAUGGAGAACAAUGGAGAGUCUGUACUUCAGGUUUCAUCGGCUCAGUCCCGGAGCUACGCAAGUGACUGCUACUCCUCCCCUCACCUCCACAACCUGUACCGACAAACUGAGAGCUGCCUGAGUCAGGAGAGGAUGGCUGGCCUCACCAACGGAGAGCGGAGGGAGCACUACAUCCGAGAACGUGAGGGUAACCAGGCCUUCAUCUGUGGCAGGCUGGAGCAAGAGGGCCUGGCUUACAGAUCUCACUACAGUGACCGGACUCAAACACACUGCGAGAGGAGAGAGGCUGAAGAUGAGCCCAGAGACUUCACAAUCUCCAAACCUCUUUCUCAGAGGUUGUCCUCCUCCUUCUCCAAGCCCUCCUUCUGCAAUCUCCCUUAUUCCAUCAUGCACCAGAGCAUGGAUUCCCACCCCAAGGCUUGCCGGGUAACUCCAAUGACCAUCUCACCUGCAAAACAAAGCUCAUUAGAGUCAUCACCGCAGCCGUACCCCAGCCCGAAAGCAUCAGGUGAUUCAACACUCACUAGUCCUGUUCGGCCCAGUAAGCGGAGCCUCACGGAACCAGAGGGUGAAGAUGUCCCAGAGAGGAAAGUCCGUGUGGUGACGCCGAUUCACCCUGCAGGCGCAAUCAGACGCAGCGACCCAGAAGAGCUCAAACCAGCUGAACCAGCCCAUGGUGUUCACCUCAACAACCAUCUCCCUGAAGGCCACCCUGCAACCACAUACCCCCCACACCAUGCUGCAUCCUUUUACCCCAGCAUGUACCCGAGCUUGGUCUCACCUGGAGCGCAGGACGGGCUCCAGCAUCCAGGUCUACAGUACCUGAAGAGCCAGUCUGCGGUGUCGCCUCUAGUGCCCCCUUUAAAUUUCCACACCAUGUUGCUGCACAGGCAGCUGCUGGCCUCCAGCCCCUCCCCCCACCACUUCUACAGGCACCCUGGCGGGGCAGCACUGUACGGGGACCUGCUGCACCACCUAUACCCCCUCUCCACCCUCCCUCCACCUCAGCUCUCCUCGGUACACCCCAGCACCAGACUGUGAGGGAGAGAGGAGGGGUUGUUCUCCCUCUUCCUCUCCUUCCUCAUCCUCAGAAACAUUUUCAGCUUCUCUUUCUGUCUCUCUUGCUCGGGGAUUGUAGAAAGGAAACACUGACUGAUAACAGACUGAUGCAGAGUGGAAAUUCCAUUUUCUUUUUUUUAUUUGUGUAUGCAUCUGUUUAUAUACUUUGCACUGUUCUUUAUUUUUUAUCACCACUUACUGUAUCUUUUUUGUUGUUGUUUGUUAUUGUUGUUGUUGUUGUUGUUGUUGUAUACUUAUUUGCACAGUGCUCAUGUGUUUGUGCUCACGAAUCAGUUUGCCGCUCUCGGUCACCAUGAGUCAGGUCGUUGCUCUGGACGUGUGAAAAGUGGAGGGCAACAGAGAAAAGCCAUUUGUUUACUGCGUCUGAGGGCUAAACUUUUUUGCUUAAAAACACUACAAGUAACAUGACGACGUAAAUGAAAUCCUUUAUAUAACUAGAGGUAAUCUUCAACAGCUGUUUAGUGCAUUAUUACACUUUUAGGCAGCCAGUUGUGUUGCAUCUGUUUACAUGUCUCUCUCCACGCUGAAAGCUGUUUGUGCCACAGUAAAUCCACCUGGACUCCUUUGGAAUAGACAUUAACACUCACCGCGGUGCUGCGUAACAUGGAUUAUAGAUUCAUCGUAACAUUCAGAGGUGCUGUGUGUACCAGAUGUACUGUAGACUCACUUUUAUGCUCAGUUCAGGUUUGUAUUCACUAAAUCGUAUUUCAGUCCAGAUCACACAUCACAAGCAGUUUUCACGUUCAGUGUGUUGACAAAUCAUGAAUGUUCUUUUUAGAGUUAACAAAAGCAGGUUGACUUUCUACCCUGAAAGUUAUUAGACCCCGAACACCCUUUGUGAUGAGUAGACUGUAGCAGCUUGUUUUUGACUGUAGGACCAGCAUAAUGAAGCAGCCGUCUGCUGUGGAAUGCUCACCACAAGAAAUCAGCAUUUCGUCUUUUUGUUCUUGACUUGAAAAGCUCUUUUUUUUUGUUGUUUCCAUGAAGAGACUCUUUUAUUCAACACGCUGAAAAAAGACUGACUGUAUGAUUUUGAAUAGGAAUGUUGUCACUUAAAAUAUUGCUUUGCAAAUAUCUGUGCCUUUCGCAGUCUUGGAUUAGAGUUAGCACUACAGUUGUUAAGGUUUUUCUUCUGUAGCAGGGUAGGAAUAUCAUUAUUACUGUCACACAAGACUUGAUAGGUAAGGCACAAGAUUUAAGGUUUUUUAAACAGUUAGGGCCACUAUUUGUGCUUUCGUCAUUCUAUUUACUCAGCUUAAGCUGUGUCAGACAGUUGAUUAUAGAAUAAUCUGUAAAGAUUUACUGAUAGCUAAUAUUUACACAGGUCUGGUGUCUGUCAUCCGCAGGGCAUGUUGUCUUCUAUGUGAUGAAAAGGUACCAGACUCCGUAAAGUAUGCAUACUGUGCUCCAUAGCCUGAGGUGGAGAGAACACCUGCUCUGACUUUUACAACCACUAUAAAUGCAACCCAGGAUAGUCAAAGUACACGUUCAACAUGUGUUUGAAAAGAAGAAAAAAAAGUGUAAAGAUUUACUGAAUGCUUAGGUAAAAACAUUCAUUUCUGAUUAAGUACUGUACAUUGCUGUAUGUAGGUAUAACUGGCAUUAGUGCUGGCUCCUGUACAGAUCAUUCAUACGGGAUCAACUCAUGACAACCCCUCUCUCUUGUCUUAUUUUCUGUGUAAAUAACACUGUAGAUAGUACCGCGUGGUUGUUAUCAUAUAAACUGUUAUAAUCUGUAAAUAGUAUUAAAAAAACAGUAUAAAAGUGGGUUACACAAUCUAGCUGUGUCCUUGUUUGCUCUGUUUCAAGGCCACCGUGAUUCAUGUUGGAUUUAAACAAACACUACAAUUUAAAGAAUUAGGAUACUUUUUUUAUUUGUUGUCGUUUCACUUUUUGUUUCCAUGUUGUUUUCAUUAAUGUGCAUCCUGAAAGUGUUUUUGAUACAGUAGCCAUCUGUUUACCAAUCACCCAGCUGGCAAGCAAGACAAAAAAAUGACAUUUUGUAUAUGACCUCCUGUAUAUUUAAUUAAAAUAUUUUACUAUCUAAA